CAUAGGGGGCGGGGGGGCAUGGCCCCUCCGGGUUCCCCCUAGGCCCUAGCUCCGCCCUGAUAUCUGGGAAGGCCACGAAAGCUUUCAAUGUUAGAAAAGAGGAGGAACAAGAGGGUUUUAGGAAGGAGACGAGUGCAUAUUUUGAAAUUUUAAAGAACAAUUGAAGGCAUUUUUGUCCUUUAAUCUUAACUUUUAAAUUUUUAACAAAUAAUUUUGAGAAGCCACUGGGUAUAACAAAAGAUCGCUCUUUCUCCCUCUCGAUCUACGCCUGAUAUCUGGAUAUACAUCAAGGCGCCAUGGCCGUUGAGGGAGGAGGAACGUUGUCGGAAAUCUACUCGAACUCGAAGAGGUUGUUGCUGAGGACAAGGGAUGGAUUGGAGCGGCUAGAGCGGCUCGAAUUUUCAUCCUCCACUGGUGUCGAUUCCCCUGAGCUCUCCUUCUCUAUCAAAAACGACAUUGCUCAGAUCCAAUCCCUUUGCGUCGAGAUGGAUCGUCUCUGGAGAUCCGUUCCCUCCAAACCCCAACGUGAUCUUUGGAAGAGAAAAGUAGAACAGGUGGCUGAAGAGGCCGACUCCUUGAAGGAAAGCCUAGGAAAACAUUUAUUACGCCAUCAGAAAAGAAUGCUGGAAGCUAAAGAAAGGGCAGAACUACUUCAGAGAGCUAAUGGAGAAUCUGCUCAUGUUUUGAGGAUUUUUGAUGAUGAGGCACAAGCAAUGAAGUCAGCUCAUAAUUCGUCCAGAAUGCUUGAAGAAGCUUAUUUUACAGGGGUUGCAAUCUUGUCAAAAUAUGCAGAGCAAAGGGAUCAUCUGAAGAGGGCACAACGGAAAGCACUUGACAUAUUAAACACAGUAGGGCUCUCCAACACUGUAUUGAAGCUCGUUGAGAGGAGACACCGCACUGACAAGUGGAUUGCAUACACAGGAAUGGUGGUGACAAUAAUUGUCGUGUACAGCUUUUGGAGGUGGACACAUUGAUUCUCCAAUAUGCAUGUACUAAACCAAUAUCUCUUAUUUACAUUCUCUUGAAUGCUGUUCUGCAAGGUAAACAAAUGGAAAAGAGAUGCAUGUAAUUUCAGAUAGGUUAUCUGAUGCUUUACAUGAGACUGAUCGAAUCACAUAGAAGGGUUGGGUUUGAUGUGUA